AUGGCCAGAAGUAAGCCGUCUUUCUUUGCGAGGUUAUGAUAACAAUAGCUAUGGAGUUCAAUACACUUAAUUUCAGAAUGCCGUUCGGUAGCCCUACCAGUAGAUCUGAUGUUCAUUUUGGAUGGCUCAGGCUCGGUUGGUGGCGCCACGUUUGACAGACAACUUGAUGUACUAAACAGGAUACUCAGCAUAGCCGAGAUUGGCCCUCAAGAUACACAAAUUUCUGUGAUGCAGUACUCGACUUACACCUAUCUAGAGUUUCCUUUCAAACAAUAUUCAAGUAGAGAAGGAAUGAGAGAAGCUGUUGGCAAACUAAAACACCGUGGAGGCACUACAAAAACCGGUAAAGCUUUGGACAAAGCUCUCAGCGUGUUCACCAGCAAAGGGUCUGGCAGUAGAUUUGGCCAGAAGGGCGUUAAACAGGUAAUAGAGAAUAUAUACAACAAUAUAAAUUUUUAUAAAGUAAAAUUUUUAAGCCAAUAGAUAAACUAUGGCAGUCGAAAAGAGAUGAUAGAAAGAUAGACUUAACGUGAAGUCACUUUACAGAUAGCCGUCAUCGUAAGCGACGGUCAUAGUCACGAUGAGCCUCUGAAGCCAGCGUUGAAGCUUAAGAAUGCAGGAAUCAACAUAUUGGCAUUAGGAGUGGGACCUCAUAUCAACAUUGAAGAACUUGAGCUGAUUACUGGUGAUAAACAACAAGCAUUCGAUAACUUGACUAUGGAUGCUACAGUAGACCGAUUCAUAGACACAUUCAGAAAGGCAGCUAUCGGAGAACAAUGCGAGUUUCUGAGAGGAGAACAAGGUGCUGAAAUCGAAUGUUUGACUGAUAGCAUCAAGGUAAACAUACUCCUACUCAAGAAUACCUUACUGCUAUUGACUAUUAUUUAAAACGCUCGCUCGUAAAACUUAGUAUACAAAAUUCUUUAACGUUACAAUAAAUUUACAGCCACGUAAUACAGUAAACUUUUAGGUAUCCGUCACAAUGGAAAAAGACUUCUACGGAAAAUUAUAUGUAGAUGGACAGAGUCAGGUUGAUGGCUGCUUCAUUCAACCAAACUCAACCGACUUUCAAUUGAAUCUACCGUUGACAGAAUGCAAUAUUAACCAUCAGUUCAUGGUAAGUUUGACUAAAUUUUUUGUUAGUCUUGUAAUGUGAUUACUUCCUACUCUUCCACCAAACGCGACUUCUUGGUUUUUGAAAUGAUGACUACAUUUAGGUAAAUCCGAAAGGUCAAGCAUUUGAGACAGAACUCGUACUACAAUUCCACCCAGAGUAUAGAACGGCCAAAGACAGGAAGAUAAAGGCUCACUGUUUCUAUCAAGACAAAAACGAGAUUCACAGUUUGGACUGGGACCUUAUCAAAGAACAUACUCAACGAAAGAACGAGUAAGUGUCACAUAUCAUGAGCUAAUAUAAACAAAUCCCAUUUUUCCAGAACAACAGACCAAACGUUACCAUGUAAAUACAUGAUCGAGGCAAUAGAAAGACGACAAAAAGACGUUUGUAUCCCGAACCAGGUACUAUACCUUGGAGAAUUGGUACAACAUAAGUUUGAAUGCUCUGCAGGUAAGCCUUAUGACGAAACUACUUCAAAAUUCACUUCAAAUUAUUUAAAAUUCCAUUUUUAGAAAAAUUCGAUGCUUAUCAAAACAUACUCGUACACUCAUGUGAUCUGAUUGACCUUCGGACCAAUGUCUCCAAACGCCUAAUCGACCAAAACGGGUAAGUCUACAGUAAUAUUUGAAGCCAUUUAUGGUACUUCCAAUACUGUUAAAAGUAGAAUACCCAUAUAUUAUGGUUGGGUUUAACAACACUGUUACAGAUGUUCAACUGAACCAACCCUGUUCUCCGACGUGGUUUAUCUAUCCCCAAUGAAAGCCGUAGCUGACGGUGUAGCAUUCAGAUUCCCCGAUUCGAGACAAGUUAGAAUACAAUGCGACAUCAAGUUCUGCGACAAACUUAUGACUGAAUGCGACGAAAUCAUUGUAAGAUAAUCCUGUUUUAAACUAUUUACUUUAAGGUUUUAUAAGACAGACUUGCUAUUCCGCACCUUUUGCACUUUAUAUGUAGAAAGUUCAUGUAAAAUAAUGUUCCAUUUUAUUUUAAAUCCAAAUUCUAGCCACCAAAAUGUCAUAGAAACGAAACUAAAGUAUCCAAGCGUCAAUCAGGAUUCCCCGUAGCGUUGAGGCCGUUGCCUGUAACCAAUGAUGAUUCACAACCUUUGGUUACCUUCAAACAACAAGAAAAACACAGUAAGUGAAAUGUGGUAAAGACUACCGUAGGAUGCCAACUAAAAUCAGUUGUACCAUAAAUAAACAAGAUAUUUCAGAAAAAUUCAAUAUCAGACGACGAGGAGAGAUCGAACAAAGUGUAUUCGCUACUGUCAUCACUAAAGAAAGGUAGCUUGAACUUAUGUUAUAAUUGUUUUCGUAUAUCUUCACAGUCUCAUUUGUAAAUAUCGUUAUGUUAAUACAUUCUAGUUUGAAUGAAACUCGCCGUCGAUUACCAACCCCAGUAGAUGUCAAAGUACAAACUCAACCCUUCAUGCAAGUAGAUGACUUGGAAAGCGAAAUCAACACCUUAAAAGAAUUGGCACGGGAAAAUGUGUUGCCAAACCCCUUAGGCAAUAUUAACCGACCAACAACAAAAGAUUCCACAAAUACCAAAAACAACGCUACACAUGCUUCCAAAACCAUCGUUGUAGACAUGGAAAAAGCAAGAGAAAUCGACUUUGAGAAGAUCAAGGAAGCUGAGAAACUGGUCAAGCUGGGAUCAGCAGAAGAAGUCGAGAUGCAGGCCUUAUCAGAGUUCAGCAAAAUAUUCACCAAUCAAAACAACAUGCCACAAGUAGAUACAACUACCCAACAACCAUCUACUAAAGCUCCGUGUAGAGCCAUCGAUUGUAACAUCAGCAAGGAGACUCACGAUAAGACCACGAUAACAGAAGAUCCCUUCCAAGAUCAACUGAUUGAAGGCAGUGGAGAUGAAGGUCCCAUUCAGUUAGAUCAAGACCUUCUCUCUGUUCUACCACAAGACCAGAUUCGGUUACAGAGCGACAUCUUGGACAUUCACGAUGCACAGACGCUGAAUUGCAAAUUUAGACAAUAA